AUGCUGAUGGGGUUCAUAUCCUUGCUCUUGACCGUUAGCCAAGGCCUCAUAUCCAAAACAUGCGUGCCCAAAAGCGUGGGCAAUUCAUGGCACCCAUGUAGACCAGAAGACGAGGCUGCCACCACCGGCACCGGAGAUGAUGACUCCGAAGAUCUUCAUGGGACCACCGGCCGGAGACUGCUGCAGACUGAAUCAUCUACCAUUUUCCGACGCAUUUUAGCCGGAGGGGGGAACGACGAGUGCGCAGCCCAGGAUAAAGUUCCAUUCAUUUCCUCCAAGGGUAUCCACCAGCUCCACAUGUUUAUCUUCGUCUUGGCCGUCUCCCAUGUUCUCUACUGCAUAAUUACAAUGGCUUUAGGCAGACUAAAGAUGAGACGCUGGAAAGGCUGGGAAUUGGAAACUAAAACAAUUGAAUAUCAAUUUUCACAUGAUCCUGACAGGUUUAGAUUUGCAAGAGAUACAUCUUUCGGUCGUCGGCAUUUAGACUUCUGGAGCAAAUCGCCCAUUCUCAUUUGGAUUGUAUGCUUCUUCAGACAGUUUCUGAGAUCAGUUCCUAAAGUUGACUACUUGACGCUACGACAUGGCUUCAUAAUGGCUCAUUUGGCUCCCCAAAGCUCGACAAAGUUUAACUUUCAGAAAUAUAUUAAGAGAUCACUUGAAGAAGAUUUCAAAGUUGUUGUUGGGAUAAGCCCAACAAUAUGGUUCUCUGCAGUAAUAUUUCUGCUACUCAACACUCACGACUGGCACUCCUAUUUGUGGCUACCAUUCAUCCCUUUGAUUAUAAUUCUCCUAGUGGGAACAAAACUUCAGGUGAUAAUAACAAAGAUGGCUAUACGUAUUAUGGAGCGUGGAGAUGUCGUGAAGGGUAUCCCUGUCGUCCAGCCCACAGAUGAUCUCUUCUGGUUCAACCGUCCUGGCCUUCUACUCCAUCUCAUACAUUUUGUCCUUUUUCAGAAUGCAUUUCAACUUGCAUUUUUUGCUUGGAGCUGGUCCGAAUUUGGCCUCCCUUCAUGCUUCCACAAGAAUAUAGAAGACAUCAUCAUCAGAAUCUCCAUGGGUGUCCUCAUACAGGUAUUAUGUAGCUAUGUCACACUACCUCUCUAUGCACUGGUAACGCAGAUGGGGUCCAACAUGAAGCCUACCAUCUUCAGUGAGAGAGUGGCAACUGCCCUAAGGAAAUGGCAUGAUACAGCAAGAAAGCACUUGAAAGAGAGCCGACGGUCUAGCAGUGUGACACCUUUGUCUACAAGUAGGCCAGCAACCCCAACCCAUGGCUUAUCACCAGUACACCUCUUACGACACUAUAGGAGUGAGGUGGACAGCCUCCAAGCUUCCCCGAGGCGAUCUACUAUAGAUGAUGAACAGUUUGAUCUAGAAGGGACACCAUCACUAUCCCACCACACAAUCAGUGGAGCUUCGUUCCACCAUAUGCAACAAGGACAAGUAGAUGGAGGAAGAGAGAUGCAAGUAUUUGGUGAUACAACAGAGCAGAAACAGCCGCAUGACAUUGAGUCCAACCAAGGAGCUAGUUAUCUUUCUAUUGACUUUUCUUUUGAUAAGAGACGAUCACCGAGUAGCUCUCACAUGGUAAAGCUUUAAAGGUCAUUUCUUCCAUGCGUGAUAAUUGGCACCAAAGGCAUGAGAGCAAUGAUCAGGUUAAUCAGUGUAUACACAGUACUUUUGUAUUUUGUAACAGUUUUGGUAGAAAGAUGUUGGUAUUCAUGGCAUAGAUUGUCAUAAACAAUGAAGCAAGGACAUAGGAUAUAUACACGUACACGAUACAAACACACCGAUCUUGAAGAAGUAGGAUACACAUGGCUGGAUUAAAUAAAUAAAUGUAAAAAAGUUGAAUUCCUAAACACUAUAAUAAUAUAGGCUUUCAGCAACAUAAAAGUUAUGCUGAAAGUCAUAAAAUAGACACUAAAUAAUUAUCAUGGCAGAUUAGCAGCCAAAAAAGAAAAAAAGAGUAGGCUUGUGAGCCACCAUAGUUGAAUUUUUAGCAGCAAUAUAUGUACUAUGACUCCACACAAAAAAAGUGCUUCUGUUAAAUAGAAUGAGUUUAAGUAGCCACAUCUUUUGCCGCUAUAGGUCUGCAUGAUUUUCUAGAGGAAAUUGUUUUUGCCACUAUAAAAGCCAUUGCUAUAACCCUAUUUUCCUGUAGUGAGAGUUUAAGUUGCAUUACAAAAGCUUAUAAAGUUGUCAUGCAAGAAGUCAGAGAGAGAGAGAGUAGAUCAUGACAGAUAAAUGAUUAUGUGCAAAGGAUCUCCAUUCCACCAGUUGGCACCUCUCUCCAUGUUGCUGGAGCUGAGUAUACUUUUCCGGUUAGACUUAGAAAGGUUGUGGUGAAAGCAUUAUUCUUAAAUAAAAGAAAAGAAAAGAAAAGAAAAGAAAAGAAAAGAGAAUUAAUCAAUGAUAUGCCCCAUAGUUACACCAACUCCUGUCCUUAAUGUCAAGUAUGUCGACAGCAUCUACCAAAUACAUGGAAAUUUACCCCCAAUAAUAUAAAGCAACAUUCACAAUAUGCAAAAAAUAUUUAAACAUAAAUAAAUAAAA